AAAAUAUGCCUGGGGCAGAUCCCGUAUGUUUUAUGACUUGUCAGCCCUUACUAUAGAUCUAAUCACAUAUCAUUAUACCUAAUUAAAACUGUAUCAUAAAGUACCUAAUUAAUAUACCAACGACACAAUUGAAGAUAAACGAAUUAAUAUGCCGUACUACGGGUCCCAGAACCCUCCGCCGCUCCCACCUCGGAGCCCCAGACCAGCCGUGAACACAACCCCUUCCCCUGGCGGCACGCAUUGGGGUUACCCACAGCCCCCCUCUGGCCAAAGCCCGGGCCCGGGCUAUCCACCAUACCAUCAACCUCCACCACUCCCUCCGAGGCCGUCUGGGUUCGAGGUCAAUACGGCAUCCGGUUCAUGCACACCGGCACAGCUUUCCCCGAGCUACCCUAUUCCACCUCCGCCUCCGGGUCCUCCCCCGGGAAUGGCGGCCCCCGAUCAUGUCGCACACCCUCACCUUAGAGUCGAUGUAGCGCGGCCGGGCCAGAAUCACGGAUACUCACCGGCGCCAUCCCCAAGUUCCGGGGCGCAAAGUCCCAAUACCUUGAUACACCUCCCUCCACCUCCCCCGGGACCACCUCCUCGGAAUCCCAAUUCGCCAAGCCCGAAUGGUCAAUACACAAUCCCACCAUACCAGCCUGUUCCACAUGUCCAGGUGUCACCGCAGACGACCUAUUCUCCCUCCAUAUACUCCCAGCCGUUCUAUAGCCCGCAAACAUCUCCAACGGAAACAUCUAGCUCCCCGCCACCUGCGUACACGCCCUUUGAAGAGCCAUCUAGCCAGAAACCACCGGUGACUGCAAGUUCUCCAUCAGCACUCUCGUCACACCAACAGCCCGCAACGACUCCUACUCCUCAGUCACCUCAUCGGCAUUCAUCUUCUCCGCAGCCUCCGGUCGUAUCACCGCAAACAGGGGGGUUAGAGAGCCAGUUUGAAUCACUAGCAGUGGAAGCUAAACCAGGCUCAAGCUAUCGACCUUCUGUGCCUCAGAAAACCCCCUACGCCCACCAACCCAAUUCAAACCAAAACCAUCAACAUAGCGCACCCGCAGCACCUGCGCCUCCAACCACAUCUCCUGCGCCCAAUCCUACAUACAAAGCCUACCAACGUCCCACAGCAAACACGACCACACCUCAACCCACCAUCCCAACUCCAGCUCCAGCCCGUUAUGCAUCUCCAUUACCACCCCCAUCAUCACCACGGCCACAACCACAACCCCAACCCCAACAACCAUCACAACCACCAGCAACAUCCUGCAUCGACACCCCCUCCCCCUUCCCCACAACCUGGCACUGGCACCCCUCCGCCCCCCUCUUCCUAAUCUGCUCGCGAUGCCACACCGACCACAUCCUCCCCACGCCCCUCGCGACCUCCUUCACGGGUCGCCGCCUCUACACCGACGGCCAGCCCCGCGGCGGAUGCCGAUUCAGCAAGCCGAGGAUGCGGGACCGUCUGUUCCCCGCCGCUCUUAAAAAAGGAGAUGGAGAAACGGUAGCCUGGAUGCGCGCGCGCUCCGGAAUCCCGGACUGCAAGGGUGUCGGCGGCGUUAAGGGGGGCGACGCUUCUUCAGCAGCAGCAGGGGGAGGAGGAGGAGGGGGAGAGAUAAACUGGCACCGCGCGAAAAACCACGCGAUCCCCGGGCUCGUGGCGUGCGAGGCGUGCUACGAGGACUACAUCCUCGCGCACCCGGGGCUCGCGACGAACUUCGAGAGGACGCCGCCGCAGCCGAGGGGCGAGACGUGGGCGUGUGAUUUUGCGGUGCCGUUUAUUGAGAGGGAGUUUGAGGCUAGAGGGGGGAAGGGCAGCAGCAAGGCUGGCAUUAGUUCUGUUACUCACAGCAAUGCCAGUGAAGGCGGAAACGGAAACGACUGGGCGGGUUUCGUCGCCGAAGCGAAGGCUAGGCUGUCCAUCGCCCCGUGUCCACAGCGCGCCCAGGUCCCGACACAUGCGCGGAGGUGGUUCGUGCCAAAGGACAACAACGACGGUGGGCUGCUACGGCUCUGCGCAGCAUGCUACUGCGACCAGGUGCUGCACACGGGGCCAGAGGAAGAGGCGAAGUGGCGUGCGGCCUCGGAGCCCACGCCAGGGACUUACACGCGGUGUAGCAUGGGCGUCUUCAGCAUCAAGAUCGCUCUAGCGCGUGCGCACGAGACCAAGGACUUCGCGGCAUUCUGGACAGCUAUGCGCAAGCUCGCGCGCGAGAAACCCUGCGACGACGAGGGCAUUGCCGACGGCAGCGGCUGGUUCUCGUUGCCCUCGGACCCGGAUAACUUUGGCGUGUGCGCCGGGUGCUACGUGGGGAUGCUGGAGCCGCUGGGGGUAUCGCGCUUCUUCGUCGCGAAGCGGCUGGCCCAGCCACCGGGCGUCAGGUGGCGCUGCGCAUUCAACAUGGCGCACCCGCGCUUCCGGCCGUUCGUGCAGCGGCUGCUGGAGCUGUACUAUACCCACGACGCGACGUCGUUGGAGCGGUACGCUGGGGUAUACGCGUCGAUACCGCCGUGUCCGCGCGAUGAGGACGCGAAGGGUGGGCGCUGGUACGGGUGGGUGGACUGCACGAUAUGUCCAGAAUGCUAUCACGAGUUUGCGCGGCACGGGGCGCUGGCGGCGAAGAUGGAGUUGGAAAAUGCGGUGCUGGAGACUAACGCGAUGUGCGAGAUGUACAGUCCGCGCAUGCGCAAGCUGUACAGGGAGUGCAGCGAAUCCUCGCCGGCCGACCCGAAACCUUUACUUGCGUUCUCGGUGCAGAGGCGGCGGGUGUGGGUGGAGACCGUCCCGCAGAUAAAGAUGAUACUGUUCCGGGCCAAGUUGGGGGUAAACCAGCAGCAGUUUUUGAAUACCACAAGUACGUUCUAUAACACGAUGGGCAUGGUGGAGCAGACCUUGUACGGGAAUACGCACACGUACGGCAUGGCUGGUGUUGGACACGGCUACGCGAAUAUGAAUCUACUGCAAGGUGCUAUGUAUAAUCAACAAGCUAUGGGAAUCGGUACGACUGCUGCCGGGCCCGGUUCGGUGAUGAUAGUCGGACAGCUAGAACAAAAGUGGAGGGCUGUUGAGUGAUCACUACGUAUUUGGCAAUAUCGAAUAUGUAUAUAUGUAUUAGGCACCUAAUAGAUGUUAACUAGUUAGUACUACUUAUCGUGAAGCGAUAUUUGAGAGUAAUGAUCAACUGCUUGGGAGUUUUCGGUUUGCUCUUAUUGGGAAGUGAAACUCUGUAUCGUGCAUCUUCCAUGCUGACAUCUGCUUGAAUGCAACGAAGCUGAUGAGCAUCUUGGCUCAAACGCACCGUCGUGGAGACUUGUACAUAAGUGAAUACCAAGCCUGAAGAUCGAAAUAUUGAUAUUGAAGUUCUACAUUUUAGUAUCCAUAGUCCAAGAGUAUUUCAAUCGGUAGAGUCCAGACUUUUGUUCUUUACGACGACAUAGUAUAUUUGCGAUGGGAUCUUGUCGCUUGAAUGCGAUGCCAAAGUCGUAAUAUAGGCUGGCGAUAUUAAACUAAAGCUUAGUCUGCUCCCCGGAUAUUCAUUCGCGCCGUCUUUCAGAUAUGAAACUUGCCCCUAAAAAGAAAAGUUAGGGUGAGCAUGGAACUAUUCCAAGGUCUAGAAUAUUUGUUCCACAGGACCGGUGCUAGCGCUAGGGUUGCCAAGUCCAAAAUAGAUCCGGUAAAAAGGAAGAUCUAUUUAGGUUAGUGAGGUUCUGGGCGGCUAGGCCUAGUGUAGAGAACUCGGGGUAUCUUUGCGGGUGGAGUUAGAGGUUGAAGCUUGGAUUGCCUCAUUAUUACUGUUGACUCUG